AUGGUUUCGUUCGAGGACAUGGAGGAGCAGGAUGGUAUCCGCUUCUCCUGGAAUACCUGGCCAAACACCCGUCUCGAGUCCUCUAGGACCGUGGUACCCAUCGCGUCGCUGUACACCCCGAUCAAGGAGAGACCUGAUCUGCCGCCGGUUAUGUACGAACCGGUGAGCUGUAAGGCGCCGUGUAGGGCGGUCUUGAACCCGUACUGUCAAGUCGACUUGCGGGCAAAGUUGUGGAUUUGCCCAUUCUGUUUGAAUCGCAACCAGCUCCCACCUCACUACAAAGACAUCUCACCAAACUCUCUCCCCAUGGAGCUCCUCCCCCGCUUCACUACCAUCGAAUACACCCUCCCCCGCCCAGCGCAGGUCCCCCCAAUCUUCGUCUUCGUCGUCGACACCUGCCAGGACGAAGACAACCUCGCCGCACUCAAGGAAUCCCUCAUCGUUUCCCUCUCACUCCUCCCACCCACCUCCCUCGUCGGGUUGAUCACCUACGGCACCAUGGUCCAAGUCCACGAACUCGGAUACGGAGAGUGUCCCAAGUCGUACGUGUUCCGUGGAUCAAAGGAGUACCAGGCAAAGCAAGUCCAGGAAAUGCUCGGACUUCUCGCACAGGGAUUGCGUCCAACCGGUCCUGGUCCUCAACCUGUCCGUCCCUCGGGCACGGCGGCUAGGUUCUUAUUGCCCGUUCAGCAGUGCGAGUUUCAGUUGACUUCUAUCCUCGAGAACUUGCCCAAGGACCCAUGGCCCGUCGCGAACGAUAGGCGUCCGUUGAGGUGUACUGGAGUUGCUUUGAGCGUUGCCGUUGGAUUGAUGGAGACUGCGUUUCCCAAUGCUGGUGCCAGGAUUAUGUUGUUCUCCGGUGGUCCUGCGACGGAGGGUCCGGGUAUGGUCGUUGGUCCCGAGUUGAAGGAGCCCAUUCGUUCGCACCACGAUAUCGAGAGGGAUAAUGCCAAGUACUACAAGAAGGCGAACAAGUACUACGAAGCACUCGCCAAGCGCGCGGCGAAUAACGGACACGUCGUAGAUAUCUUUGCGGGAUGCUUGGAUCAGAUUGGUAUGCAGGAGAUGAAAUCCCUGGCGAACACGACUGGUGGACACCUGAUCUUGACUGAUGCUUUCACCACCUCGAUCUUCAAGCAGAGUUUCCAGAGGGUGUUUAACACUGAUCAGCAGGGAUACUUGCAGAUGGGAUUCAACGCUACGCUGAGAGUAUUGACGACGAAGGAGUUGAAGAUUUCGGGGUUGAUUGGGCAUGCGGUUAGUCUUGCGGAGAAAUCGAGCAGUGUUGGGGAAACGGAGAUUGGAAUUGGUGGAACUUGUGCGUGGAAGAUGUCUGGUAUCACCCCCAAGACUUCGGUUGCGACGUACUUUGAGGUUGUUUCGCAGGGUGGUGCGAUUGCCAAUGCGCAGGCCGCUGCUCAGCGUGGGUUAAUCCAGUAUUUGACGCUUUAUCAGCAUGCGAAUGGACAGUUUAGGUUGAGGGUUACUACUGUCGCCCGUAACUUCGUGGAUGGAGGAAACCCCGCCAUUGCCGCCUCGUUCGAUCAGGAAGCCUCUGCUGUCCUCAUGGCCCGCAUCGCAGUCUUCAAGGCCGAAAUCGACGAUGGACCUGAUGUGUUGAGGUGGACCGACCGGAUGCUCAUCCGCCUCUGUCAGAAAUUCGCGGAUUAUAGGAAGGACGACCCAACCUCUUUCCGACUCGCGCCCAAUUUCUCGAUUUACCCACAGUUUAUGUUUCACCUUCGUCGAUCGCAGUUUUUGCAGGUAUUCAACAACUCGCCGGAUGAGACUGCGUUUUACAGACAUGUCCUCAACAGCGAGGAUGUGAAUAACUCGUUGGUGAUGAUGCAACCUACGUUGAUGUCUUUCACUUUCGAUCAGCCGCCUCAGCCCGUGUUGCUGGAUUCCUUGAGUGUGAAACCAGACGUCAUCCUACUCUUGGACACCUUCUUCCACAUCCUCAUCUUCCACGGCGAAACAAUCGCACAAUGGCGCAAAGCCGGCUACCAAGACCAAGAAGGCUACCAAAACUUCAAAGAACUCCUCGAAGCUCCCCGCGCCGAAGCCGCAGACCUCCUCAUCGACCGCUUCCCACUCCCACGCUUCAUCGUCUGUGAUUCCGGAGGUUCUCAGGCGCGUUUCUUGUUGAGUAAGUUGAAUCCGACUACUACGCAUCAGAAUUCGGGUUAUGGGGUGCCGGCGAAUCAAGGACAGGCUAUUUUUACGGAUGAUGUUAGUUUGCAGGUGUUUAUGGAGCAUUUGAAGAAGUUGGCUGUUAGUGGGUCGCAGUAG